AUGAAAUGGAAGAAAGACUCGUACUACGAUUCAAUCGAGCAAAUUCACAAGUCCAUAGUGCUUAAACCCAUCAUCUCUCUCAAGAACUGCAUUUCCCAGGACCCCAAUGGUUGCAUCCCAAUCUCUGAUGUGUCCAAAAGGGGCAUACAAUUGGAGGUCCCCAUGAAGGUUGCAAGGUUCGUGAGGCUCUACCCAUCAAUCUUUGAAGAGUUUACUGGUCCACAAUACAAUCUUCCCUGGUUUAGGUUGACCCCAGAAGCUGAUGAGAUUGAUAGGGAGGAGAAAAGGGUUUAUGAGGAUUGCAGGGAGGACUUGAGGGAUAGGUUGAAAAAGUUUAUCCUGAUGAGUAAAGAAAAGGUUUUGCCUUUGAAAAUAAUACAAGGAAUGCAGUGGUAUUUGGGUUUGCCUGAUGAUUUCUUGCAGCACCCGGAUAAGAAUCUGGAUGAGUCUUUUAGGUUUGUGGAGAUGGAAGAUGGGUUAAAGGGAUUGGCUGUGGAGAGUGGUGAAAAGGUCUUGUCUACGGUGCAGAGGAAUGCAAUGAAAAAAGGGGUGUAUGUUGGAGGUCCAAUGGAGUCAAUUGAGUUUCCUCUUUUCCCAUCUAAGGGUUUGAGGUUGAGGAGGAAGAUUGUGGACUGGUUAAAGGAGUUUCAGAAGCUUCCCUAUGUUUCACCUUAUGAGGAAUUUUCGCAUUUGGAUCCAGACAGUGACAUAUCCGAAAAACGAGUUGUGGGGCUUCUUCAUGAGUUGCUUAGUCUCUUUGUUGAGCAUUCGGCGGAGAGGAAGAAGCUUCUGUGUCUUAAGAAGCACAUGGGGCUGCCACAGAAGGUGCACAAAGCAUUUGAGAGGCACCCCAGUAUGUUUUAUUUGUCUUUGAGGAACAAGACUUGUACAGCCAUCCUUAAAGAGGCUUACUGUGACGAAUCUGCUAUUGAGAGGCAUCCACUUUUAAGGGUAAGGAAUAAGUACAUUAAUUUGAUGAGGGAAUCGGCGACGAUCUUGAAAACUAGGAGAGUGAAUAGCCGGUUCGCUGAUCGUUGGGAUUCAGGUUCUGAGAAUGAAGAUGGAAAGGAGGUGGCAGAGUGUACGUAG